GGCAUCCGAGCAGUGAGCUAUGUUGUAUUUGGUUGUAUGUGUAACUUCUUAUUUAUACCUCAGUGUGUGUAAAUCCGAGUCGGGGAGAUGAUGAAGAUUAGCCUACGCUCUAUGUAAAAUUGUUACAGCAGCACAGCCAUUCGUAACUAUUUGGCGCUCGCGCAACGUGGAGCGAAAGCCUACAUUUAUCGUGUUACAUUUUGUCCUACAUGUUAUCGCUUUGGUUUUUAGCAACAACCGUCUUUUUUUGUUGCGUUGCAAUAAUGAAAACACAGUGAUUUGACUGCCGCACUUCUCAUCUCUACAAGUGGGUCGGAGUGCGGAACCUAUGCAUUUCUGUGCAUUGAGGACCAAGAAUAUACACAAGGAGUGGGCCCUGAAUUCUUGCUUAAUCUACAGACAAAGGGAGAACAGUUUCAACCGAUCCCCCGAGCACAGGAUGAAGGGUCGGACAGACGCCCCGCGCGAUAGGGGCUGGUUGGUGGGGGUUAUCUUCUUCAUCCUGGGACUCGGGACGCUGCUACCAUGGAACUUCUUCAUGACCGCCUCCAUGUAUUUCAACAGCCGCCUUAACAAGACUGAACGGAGCAACGGCAUGGUGGUCUCCCACAAAGAGUACUACUUCAACAACUGGAUGACUCUGCUGUCCCAGCUCCCCCUGCUGCUCUGCACUCUGCUCAACUCCUUCUUCUAUCAGCGGAUUUCGGAGAUGGUGCGGAUAGCGGGCAGCCUGGUCUUCAUCUUCAUCCUCUUCAUCCUCACUGCCAUCCUGGUCAAGAUCCCCAUGGAGGAGGACCGCUUCUUCUCUGUUACCAUGGCUACUAUCUGGUUCAUCAACUCGUUUGGAGCGGUGCUACAGGGCAGUCUGUUUGGCCUGGUGGGCCUCCUUCCUCAGAAGUACAGCGCUGUGUUCAUGAGUGGCCAGGGGCUGGCCGGCACCUUCGCUGCUAUCGCCAUGCUGAUCUCCAUAGCCAGUGAUACGGACCCUGAGACGGCUGCGUUGGGUUACUUCAUCACGCCGUGUGUAGGAACCCUGAUCACUUUGCUUAGCUACCUCCUACUGCCUCGCCUGGAGUUUGCCCAGUUUUACUUGGACAAGAGCAGGAGUUAUGAAGUGGAGACUGCAGAUGAGCUGCUGAAAGUGACAGAGAGUGGCACGGCGGAGAACGGCAAGCUGUAUGGCCACGCAAAUGGCUCAUUGGCCAAUGGAGGUGCCAGUGGCGAGGAGGUGGAGGUAAAGGGGGCUGGGGUCAGGCCCAAGCAGGCCUUCUUAACCCUGGAGCAGGCUGAGGUCAGGGACAGGAAGUCCACCGUCAUGGAGGUGUUUAAAAAGAUAUGGGUGAUGGCUUUCUGUGUUGUUUUUGUCUUCACCGUCACUCUCGCUGUGUUCCCCGCCGUCACUGUGGACGUCAAGACCAUAUACCCUGGGAAAUGGGAACCUUAUUUCAUCUCUGUGUGCUGCUUCCUCAUUUUCAACGUGUGUGACUGGAUCGGCAGAACUGUCACCACCCUGGUCCAGUGGCCCCCCAAGGAGAGUUGUCUGUUCCCGGGGCUGGUGGUCUCCAGGGUGGUGUUUGUUCCCCUGCUGAUGUUCUGUAACGUCCAGAGCCGCUCCUACCUCCCCGUCCUCUUCUCCCACGACGCUGCCUUCGCUUUCAUCAUGAUGCUCUUCUCCCUCUCCAACGGAUACUGCGUCUGCCUCUCCAUGUCCUACGCCCCACAGUUGGUGGCUCCUAAAGACGCAGAGACGGCCGGGGCCCUGAUGACUUUCUUCCUGGCCCUGGGCCUCUCCAUCGGGGCCGCCCUGUCCUUCCUGCUGCGACUACUGGUCUAGACACACACACACACACAUCAGAGGACCACCACCAUCAGUCAACAGCCACCUCCAUCCCCAUCCGUAAAGUGACGGGACACGCCAUGACAUCAUCCACUUCCAUCGUCAUACCUAGAAGGACCCAGGCUGGGAAUAGAGCUGCCUAAAGAAAAGCCUGCAUCAAAAUGAUAUUAGUACUGACCACAAUAGAUAUACCAGGGAUUGAAUAUCAUCUCCCCAGCUGCCUGACAUGCACAACACGCAUUGAAAUAACUGCGAUAUGAAGGGUAUGACGCUACAUGAAUGCUAGCUAGCUACUUUACCACUGGUGUACAGUGGUAAGUAGUAAAAGACUCUGGUUGCCUCUCAUCGGACAACAAUGAAUAGACAGUCGGUGCCAAACAGUUUUAAACUUGGGUCCUUAUUUGAGUUGGACCAUUUUAAGGAGGUUUUUGUAUAAUGUUUGUUUUCCUGUGGUUUUCUUAAGGCACUAACCUUAGUCAAGAACAGUAGCUAGAGGAGUUUAUGGAGAACUAAUGGAUUGUUCCACAAAGUAGAUCAUUUUCUCAUGGAAGUCUUAUUUUCAUAACGACAUCAGAUUAAAUCAGGAUUACUAGC